ACGCGCUGAAGCAGGUGUGGGACCUCUCAGAUGAGGACAAGGACGGCAACUUGACCCUCCGCGAGUUCUGCACUGCCUCCUACCUCAUCGAGCGCUACAAGUCAGGACGAAAGCUGCCGCCCACGCUGCCACGUGGCUUCCACGUGGACGAACCGGUGCAGGACCAGCGCACGGCCAUCGCUGCGAAACGAUUGGCCGAGGCGCAGGCGGCGCUGACUCAGCACUCGCAGGGGGUGAAUGUGCCAACGUGGCAGCGCGAUCCAGGUGUUCUGGUUUCUCCAACGAAAGGUGCACCCAGAAAGGACGCUGCCAUGGAUCAGAAGAAAAAGGCUGUGUUUUUCCGUGACAAAAUGCAGGAGAUUGUCAUGUUCAAGAGUCGCUGUGACCUCCGCCUUGCUGACGUCUCUGAACAGGCUGACGUGGAGAAAAAGGAGAUGGAGGAACUGGCGAGGAAGUAUGACGACAAGUACAAGGCGGCUCAGCUGUCGGCUGGGAAGCUUGCAGCAGAGGAGCGAGCACUGCAGCAGAUGCAGGAGAAGGCUCACAUAAUCAUGAACGCGACGUCAAGGCUGGACCGAGGAGGCGACCCCAACCAGCUGCUGCAGGACAAGGCGGACCGCCUGGCUCUGGAGGUGGAGGAGAUGCGCAAGGCGGUGUUUGCACAUGCCACUGCCAUCGGGCUGAAAGUACGGCCGCUUGUGGGCUCCGAGACUCCCUUUGGCUGGCAGGCGAAUCUUCAGGAGAAAGCAACAGACUGGGACGACGAGUGGGACGACGUGCAGUUUGAAGGGCUGGUGGUGGUGCGGGAUAUUGGUGACACCCCAUUGGCUGAGAACGAAGACCCGUUUCCCAGGCCGAAAUCCAAGGAGCAGGAGGAGAAGGGCGGGGCUGGGGCGUCAGCAGCGGCUGAAACUGGCAAGGGAGAAGGGGAGGAGGGUAAGGGAGAGGGGGACUUGGAAGAUGGGAAGGGGGGAGAGGGGAUGACAGCAGACGGGGUUGAUGGUGCUGCGAAUACAGGAGGGGAAGGCCCAGGAGAUGCCAAGGAGAACGAGGAGAAGGAGAAGCAGGAGAAAGAGGAGGAGAAGAAGAGGAAGAAGAAGGAGAAGAGCAUGGGUUCGGUUCCUUCCGGUCCAUCUGACUUCUUCUCUCCAGAGGAGGAUGAGGAUGCGGAUUCAAACGAGGCGAUGAUUGGCAUGCAGAGGCACGGGGAGGGGGAUGAGGACGAGGAGGAGGAGGAAGAGGAGGAGGUGGAGGAAAUUGUGAUGGAUUCGACACCUAUACUGCAGAUAACAGCAGGGGGAGAGGGAGGGGGUGGGGGAAGGGGGGGGAGUAAGGACGGGAUGAUGGAAGGGGUGGUUGCAGGAGGGGCAGGAGGGGAGACGAAGCAGGGAGAACCAGCAGAAGCAGGAGUGGGAGGGAAGGAAGGAGAGAGAGAGGAGCAGGAGAUCGAUGGGGAGACGUCAGCAGUGCAAGAGGAGAGUGCAGCAUCGGCCUCCCCGGGUGAUUCCAAGGAGAUUCUCGGUUUCCCCUUCCAAGGCUGGUCCCGCGGCAGUGCGGGAAAAGCAGGAGCAGCAGGAAGCAGAGCAGGAGGAGCAGGAGGAAGAGGGUCAGGAGGAGCAGUGAUGCCGAGUCUGGCUGACUUGGCUUCAUCCUUCUCUCUCUCUCCAACAUCUGGCGUGUCUCCCGUUUCACCUGUCUCUGCUGCUGCAUCCACCAGCAGUAGAGCGUCUACUACUGCUUCUCCCUUCAACCCUGCUUCGGUGGCUAAGAGCCUGGCAGCUGCUAAUGCUGCUGCUGCAGCAAUUAACGCUGCUUCUGGAACGCCUGAUUCCACCCCUGCUGGUGUUGCUGCUGGUGGCACUGCUGCUGCCUCGUCAGCAGGGAAAUCCCCACCCUCUGCCACGUCUGUCCGCCGAACCUUGGAUCUAGAUUCAGUGGACUCCCCACAGCAAGACAGCACAGCGAGUGGAGCGAGCAGCACUGGAGGCUUGGGUUUUGGUUCGGUGAUGACGGCUGGUCCGGGAGGGAGGUACGGAGAAGGAGCAGGAAUAGGAGCGGGGGCAGUAGCAGGAGGAGGAGGAGGAGGAAGGGAUGGGUAUGGAGAGGGAGAUGAGGUGUCACGGCCCUACACAGCCCAUGGUCUUGUGUCAGAAGAUAUGGUUGAGAGUGAUGCAGAGAGUGACAGUGGAAGGAAGGGCUAUGGGUCGCGGGGGAGAGGAAGGGAUGAGGAGGAGGACGAACAAGCAGCAGAUUCAACUGACACUGCUGCACCUGCUGCUGGUAUCCCUGCAGCAGCAACAGCUGCUGCUGCUGCUGCUAGUGCUGCUGCUACUGCUGCCACCGCUGCUCCCUCUGCCGCCUUCGGCCUAUCUCCCAGUGCGGACAGUGAAGGUGGUGCUGUAGUAACAGAAACCAAAUCGGGGUCCUUUGCGUUUGAUUUCUCGGCAGAGCCAGAGGAUCCGUUCGGCUCAGGUGCAGCAGCAGCAGCAGACCCUUCAGAAUCCGCGUCUCCCUUCCCCGCCUCGUUUAGCACUGAGGGACGACGGAGGAGUGGAAACGACGAGGUUCAGUCGCCGCUUACGCACGCCGCUGUGGGACUGAUUCACGAGGAUAGUCCGAUUCACUCCGGACUGCACCAGCAGCAGCUGAGGGGUGCUGCCGAUACGUUUGAUUCCUCGCCGUUUCACGCCAAUCCGGUUGUUGCCGCGCCGUUUGACGCCUCUCAGUUCGACCAGGGUUUUGGCCGCGAUUCGAGCUUUGGCCGCGACCCGAGUUUCUCCAGGGAUUCUAGUUUCAAGGGGUACCGGGGGAGCAUCUUUGACUCUGCGACUGGUGCAGCAAGUUUCAAGGGUGGAAUUGACGCGAGCGCGUUUGAUUCUGCGACUGGUGCGGCGAGCUUCAAGGGGGGUUCCGAUGCGAGUGCGUUCGACCAGCAUUACGGGGGAGUGGGGGCGUUUGAUCAGCACUACGGUGCCGGUGGUGCUGCUCUCGACACCUCCUCCUCCUUCCGCUCCUCGGUCGAUUCCCCCUCCGGCUCACACGCUCGGUCUGGCGAGUUUCAUCCCGGCCAGUUCCAAUCCUUCGCCAGUGGCUUCGACGAUCAUUUCGACUCCAACCCCUACGGAGCAAGUGCGGGGACUAUGGCAGGAGGAGGCGGAGGCAGAGGAAGGGGAGAGGAAGAAGAGGAGGUGCAUAGCAGCGAGGAGGAGGACAGCGGAGGGGACCCGUUCGCCAGUCUCCGAAGCAGUGGGGGCGUUGGCGGUGGUAACCAGCAUGUUACCGCAUCGCAUUUCGACGCGUACAACUAUGACAAGGCGUCGGAAGAGACGGAAACGCCGGGGGCUGCGAGGCAGGGGGGGGUGCAGCCGGGUAGUGCGAGCGCGUUUGACUCUUACUGCUAUGGCCCUCGCCGAGUUGUAGCAGUGUCUGCUCCUGCGCGUGUGAAAGAGGUUGUGCUCCUGCGCCCCCACCACUCUGGCCGGGGGCUGCUGUUCGCCCGGGGUAACCACUGGGCUGGUUUGAGGAGCGCUCUCACUCCCAUAUUCCACCGCUCCACCCAUCUCCACUCCUCCUUUCCCGGCAUGCACCGCUCCAUUCUCCACAUGCUGCUGCUGCCGCUCACCGUGGGUGCGGCGAGGGAGAGACACCGAGAGCUGAUGCUGGAGUGGAAGCUCCUCCUCCCUUUGGCCCUCUCCCCUGCGUGCCUGCACCCCUGGGUGCAUGCGCUGCUGGGUGUGCUGCCUGGGAGCACCGUGGGUGCGGCAAGGGAGAGACACCGAGAGCUGAUGCUCGGGUGGAAGGUGAGAGGGUUGAGGCAGCACUUAGACACUAAGGUGUUGAGUGCGGUGCCCAGAGAUACCACACUCUUAGUUUGCCCCUGGGUGCAUGCGCUGCUGGGUGUGCUGCCUGAGAGCACCGUGGCAAAUUCUGCAUCCAAAGAGGCAGCAGCAGCUUUUGAGGCGCCUCAAAAAUUCUACUUCCCCCAACUCUCCCCCCACUCCCCGUAUCUUAGGCGCCUCAAUAGUUUUGAGACGUCUCAAAACUACUUCCCCCAACCCUCCCCCCACUCCCCGUAUCUUAGGCGCCUCAAUAGUUUUGAGACGUCUCAAAACUACUUCCCCCAACUCUCCCCCCACUCCCCGUAUCUUAGGCGCCUCAAUAGUUUUGAGACGUCUCAAAACUACUUCCCCCAUCUCUCCCCCCACUCCCCGUAUCUUAGGCGCCUCAAUAGUUUUGAGACGUCUCAAAACUACUUCCCCCAACUCUCCCCCCACUCCCCGUAUAUUAGGCGCCUCAAUAACAGCCACCUCACUUUUCCCAUCUCUCCCUUCCAACUCCUCCCCUUCUCACCAGCUAUUGCUGGAAGCAAAGAGGCAGCAACAGUCGCAAGGCAGCACUUUCCUCCUAAUCCCGCAUUUGACCCAUCUGGAGAGAUGGGUGGAAUCCACCCAUCUCUCCAUUGUGUAACCCUCUGCGUCUCUCUCCUCUGCCCCGCUCCUUCUCACCAGCGUAUGCUAGAAGCAAAGAGGCAGCAACAGUCGCAAGGCAACAGCAACGCUGCUGACAUUUUGAAAGGAGUCAGGUGUGGGCACCACAUCGUCCACGCUGGCCUUACUGUGACCUUCUGCAACGUGCUCGUAGCCCCUUUCUCUCGCUACUUCCACUGCCGUCUGCCUUGCAGCUUCCGAGACAAGGCCACAAGAACAGGAUUGCUCGAAUCCGAUCUUCCUCUGGGCACCACAUCGUCCACCCUGGCGUUUGCCGUCCACAUGCUGACUCAGCACCCGGAAGUUGUCGGGAAACUUCAGGCUGAAAUCGACAGGUGUUUCGAGGAACGGGAGCGGGAGGGAGAGGGGAAGGAGGAGAGGGAAGGGAAGGGAGAGGGGGAAGAGGAGGGAGAGGGGAAGGAGGAGAGGGAAGGGAAGGGAGAGGGAGAGGGAGAGGGGGAAGAGGAGGGAGAGGAGGAGGGGGAGGGGAAGGGGGAGAGGGAGGGAGGGGAGAUGGGCUGA